AUGGGAGCAGAUCAUACACGUACUGAAAUGCUUGCUUUGCUGUCUGGUCGGAGUCUUAGAAUGACGCAGUUAAGAGCUAAACAACAGAAGACUUUUACUAGCGAAUUCUGCAAGCAAAGAUUCAAAGCUUGUGAUCAAAAGAAAUCAUUAACAAAACUGAAACUGACGGCAUAUUAUCAAAACUGUCAUAAAAACUUGACCUUUCAAAUUGACUUAACUUUGAAAAAACUUAUCGACUUAGAAUUAUAUGAGGAAGUGAGUUAUUGGAAAGUACAGAAUAAAAAUAAAGAGGUGCAUGCUAAGUCAAAAUUCAGUCUAAGUUUGCCUAAAAGUCCCUCUGAAGUAAAUAUGCUUAUAGAAAUUUGGUUUGAAAUUCAACGAAAAGUCAUAUAUCAGAUCAAAAUCAAAAUGGCAUCAGUAAUACAAAUUAAAUUACUGAAUAAAACAUAUCAGAAGCAAAUAUUCAAACAAAAUGCAAAACUGAAAAUUACUUUUCAGAAUGGUCAACGAAUUAAUGAAACUGACGUGAUGUUUAUGAAUAACCGCCAGCAACUGCACAUAGAAUCUGCCUCGGAAAAUGACGCUGGUCGUUAUUCAUGCGUAGCGGAGAACAAACCUGGUCGCGCGGAAAAAGACCUCGUAGUGGCUGUCCUCAAACCACCUAAAAUGGAAGAUCAACACCGUGUGCUUGAAUUAGCCGAAAAUGAAGCAUUAACUUUAACUUGUCCAAUUAAUGACCCAUCAGUGGACAUACAGUGGACCAAAAAUAAUGCGCCUAUCACGACAUCCAAUAACUUGCAAUUGUCAACAAGUGGAUUGAAGUUGCAUUUAAUGCAUGGGCAGUUAACAGAUGCGGGACGAUAUGCUUGCCGUGCGUGGAAUGACGCUGGAGAAGCUACUGCAUAUAUGGACGUUGUGGUUUUGGUACCAGCCAGAAUCAACGAACCAGCAUUUCGUACUAUUGAAUCUGUUCUGAAUCAAACAGUAAGUAUGGAGUGCAAGGCAACAGGCAUACCUGCACCUAAUAAUGUUUGGUCAUUUGAUGGUCGCACUAUCUUUCCAUCAGAUAAGAUUCAAAUUUUAAAUAAUGGUACAGUGUUGCUAUUGCAAGAGGUACAAGUAAGUCAAGAAGGAAGGUAUUCUUGCAUUUCAACAAACAAAGUUGGAAAAGCUGAAGCUGACAUUUUUCUUCAUGUCACAGCGCCACCAAGAAUUGUAACGCCUGCUGAUGAGCUAAAGGUCAUCCAGGGUCAAGGUCAAACAAUUCGAUGUGAGGUGAGUGGAACGCCGCCACCAAAAGUUGAAUGGUUCAAAAAUGGUCAAAAGUUCAAUUCUGCGAUGACACAGUCAUCCAAUAAUUUGCAUUAUAUUCAUAUAAGGGAAGCUCAGGUGGGUGACGCUGGACGAUAUACGUGUAUUGCAACAAAUCGCGCGGGUGAACAUCGUAUCACAACACAGCUUCACGUGCUUGUGCCACCAAUGAUAAUAGAAGGUGAACGUGUCGUUCAGGUCAAAGAAAACACUGCUUUGACCUUGGAGUGUGUUGCUACUGGAAAUCCCAAACCGAUGAUAGUAUGGAAAAGAGAUGGACGACCUCUGGAAACGAUUGGGUCAUAUUAUAUGAUUGCUUCGUCUAAAGCCUCUGAUGCUGGAAGAUACACAUGUGAAGCUCGCAAUGAAGCUGGUAAAGCAUCAGCUGAUUUUGAAGUUGACAUUUUCAUCAAGCCCCGUUUUCGUGACUUGAAACCAAAUGUGCGGGUUCGAAAUGGUGAUCGUACACGUUUAGAAUGCAAAGUUGAUGGAUAUCCUGAACCAAGUAUAACUUGGAUGCGUGGUGGUCGUCCAAUUGAAGACACCAAAAACAUCAUCUUAAGUCCACGAGGAGAAACAAUGAUGAUUCUCAAGUCACGCAGAGCAGAUUCUGGGAGCUAUUCUUGUGUUGCAAAGAACUCUGCUGGUGAAGCAGAGGCCAGCUUUACAGUUAUUGUCCUGAUAGCGCCACAUAUAGAAGAACAGAUAGAUCAGAAUCCUCGUGUCGUUCAAGGCAAUGAUGUUGUCUUGCAGUGCCCAGUGCAGGGUAAUCCAAAGCCAAAGAUCAAAUGGUUAUAUGAAGGUGAUCCUAUUAAAUCUGAUCGGAUCAUUUUGUCAGGCGAAACAAAUCUAAUGAUUAGAUCUUCACAGCAGUACGAUAGCGGACGCUAUACGUGCCUUGCGGAAAAUGAAGCCGGAAUAUUGAAUACUAAUUAUGAACUUGAAAUAAUAGGCCCACCAAAAUUCCAUCACCGUGGUGAAGCUGUAUACGAAGUAGUUCUUGGCAAAACAGUAACAAUGGACUGUAAUGUAGAAGCUGAGCCGAAACCGGAAAUCCACUGGUACCGUGGGGAUUCACCUGUAUAUCUCUCAGAGAAUAUUCACAUCUCACCAGACAGUCAGCAGAUAACAAUUCGUGGUGUGAAGAUGAGUGAUGGCGGAAAAUACCGGUGUAAAGCGCAAAAUGAAGCGGGUUCUGCGGAUAUUGAUCUCACAUUGAAAGUUCUUGUACCUCCCAGUAUAGAUACUUCAAAUAUUAUCGGGAAUCCUCUGGCAGUUUCAGGAAAGUCAAUUUAUUUGGAAUGCCCGGUUACUGGUAUACCACAGCCUUCAGUUAUUUGGUACAAAAAUGAAAGGCCUAUAACAAUUGAUGAUGAUCGUUUAUUCAUUGAACAGAAUAAUCAAACACUUGGAAUUAAAAAGGUGAAGGUAAGUGACCAAGGACAGUACCUCUGCGUUGCAGAAAAUAAAGGUGGACGAGUAGAACAGAUCUUCAAUUUAGAAGUUUUGGUUCCACCUGUAAUGGAAAUAAUCGAACCUCAGAUGCACACAAAACGUGAAAAAGAUACUAUCACGUUAUUCUGUCCUGUGAAACAUAUGAGAGGUUCCACAACACCAACGGAAAUUUUAUGGUAUAAAGAUGGUCGUCCAAUUGACGGAAAUUCGUUACCGAACAUUGAAAUCACAUAUGAAGGUCAACGUUUACAAAUCGUGCGCACAUCACUUUCUGAUGCUGGUAAUUAUUCAUGCGUAGCACUAAAUCGUGCCGGUGAAGCAUCAGUUGAUUUCUACGUGGAAAUACUUUGUAUGCAUUUGGAUUCUGAAUAUUGUCGAAAUCUAGAAAAUAAACAUAUUGAGAUAAUUAUAUUUUUCCUCAUACUGCUAGUGAAAUAUCAGAUACUGUAA